AUGGCAGAUUUACCUGUUGAUAGACUGUUGCCUAUGCCACCAUUCACCAGUGUUGGAAUGGACAUCUUCGGUCCCUGGACGGUUACCACACGUCGCACCAGAGGAGGAAGUGCAGACAGUAAACGCUGGGCUGUACUUUUCACCUGUAUGUCCAUGAGAGCUGUGCACAUUGAGCUCAUCGAAUCAAUGUCGACAUCCAGCUUUAUCAAUGCGCUGAGAAGGUUUUUCAGCAUUCGUGGACCCGCACAGAUACUCCGCUCGGAUAGAGGUACCAAUUUUAUUGGAGCAUGCAACGAACUGAAAAUUGAUCACAAGGACACAGAAUUGAACUCUUACCUGCAGGAAAAAGGAUGUACGUGGCUGUUCAACUCCCCACACUCCUCACACAUGGGUGGGUCGUGGGAGAGACUCAUUGGAAUUGCAAGACGUAUUUUGGAUGGUAUUCUUUUGAAAGUCAUACAUAUCCAACUCACACAUGAGGUGUUAAGUACUUUCAUGGCGGAAGUGAUGGCAAUAAUGAAUGCAAGACCACUCGUGGCGGUGUCAACAGAUCCUGACAGACCAAAUCUUCUCACCCCAGCAAUGCUUCUUACCCAAAAGACCAAUGCCUUAUCUGCACCGACAGGAACCUUUGCACCUCCAGACCUCUAUUCAAAGCAAUGGAAGCAAGUACAGAGUCUGGCGGACACCUUUUGGAAACAGUGGAGGAGUGAAUAUCUUUCAACUCUACAGCAAAGGAGAAAAUGGACUGAUGACAAAAUGAAUGUAAAAGUCGGUGACAUUGUGUUACUGAAAGACGUGCUUGCACACAGAAAUGUCUGGUCCAUGGGAAGAGUUGUGAAAACAUUUGAGAGUAAGGACAAGAAGGUUCAAAAAGCAGAAGUGAAGACUGUAAAAGAUGGAAAUGUGAAAGUGUUUUUGAGACCUAUUACAGACAUGGUUUUGCUGUUAUCAGAAAAGUAAAUGUUGCAUUUUUUUGUUAUUUACAUGUUCUAAGGUUUGAUUUGUAGUGGCACAAUUGUAUUGUACCAGGCGGGGAGUAUUCUGCCUUUUGUAAUAAGUUUAAGUAGAAACACGUUUACAUGUAGCGCUUUACCUCCCUCUAAUGGUUGCAGUGGGAAGUUGUUUUUGAGAGCAAAUACCGAAUGGCAGCAAGCAAUGUCGACUCGUGUGCAUCUGUUAAAAGCUGAUGUUUAAACCUUUUAUGUUGUGCCUUGGACAAGAUUUGUCCGUGAGUAUUAUUCGAAUUUUGAAAGAAUAUUUUAUUUUGGUUACAUGUGAUGUUUAAUGCAAACUUAUUCACCGUAAAUGCGAUGUAGCUUGUAUGUGUUUAGCUAACGCACAAUUUUACUUGUAUUUUUUCCUAGUUUUACGACGGUCUUAAGAGGGCAAUGGUUUGAGGCCAUUCUACAAAUAAAUCAGCUAAAAGAAACCAAGUCUGAUUAUUUGGAGCGUCGUUAACUCGCUGUCUA